AUGCUUGCAACACAAUGCCGUGCGGGCAUUCACAACCUCCUCAAUCCGUCCAUGUCUCCUCCUCGCGGCCCCCCUCGCCUCGUCCCUCCAGCCAACUUCUUCCGCAUCAGGAGCGCACUGGCGUACGGCUCGCGCAAGCUGAACGCGGCGCUGAACGGCCCGGAGGAGCUGGUGGCUCUGGAGGUGGACCGGUUCUUCCGCAACACGUGGGUCCGCAACGCCUCUGGUUCCCGCCCAGACGGCUCCAACCACGAGUUCGUCCUCCAGCACAUGCCCCGCCGCUUGCCGCUCUUCGCCCAGCCCAUGCCGCCCCCGGUGCAACCCGGAGGCGUGGCACCCGCAGUUGCAAGCGCGGCAGCAGGUGCAGGAGUAGGGGCAGGAGCAGGAGCAGGGGCGGGGACUGGUGUUUAUGCUGUUAGGCCGGUCGUGGGUGUUGGUGGGGGGUACCGGGGGCAAGUGAACGCAGCAGCGGCUCAUGAGAACAAGCCUCCGGGGGAGGGGGAUGUUAUGCGGGCGCCGUACUCCCAUGGGGGGCAGCAUGGCGUGGUGAUGAACGGAAACAUUGCCGGGCAUGUUCCUGGGAACGUGGCUGGGAACAUGGGUGGGAACAUGGGGAGGCGGCAGCAGGUGCAGGCGUCGGAUGGGCCCCACCGGGUGCCAUAUGGGGGAGGUCAUACCUGGAUCCCUGCUCCUCUGUUCCCUGUGCCUGCUAAUGUGGCGCAUGUUCCCAGUGCAAGAGCUUCCCCUCCCAUGGCUGGUGGCCCGAGACACGUGCAGCUGGCUCAGCAGCAGCAACAGCAACACCAUCAGGCUCAGCAGCAGCAGCUGCAGCAGCAGCAGCAGCAACAGCACCACCACCAACAGUCGCAGCAGCAACAGCAGCAACGACAAUACCUACAGGCACACCAUCAGCAGCAACAGCAAUCGCAACAGCAGCAGCAGCAGCAGCAGCAGCAGCAGCAGUUGCAGCAGCAGGCACAGCAGCAGGCGCAACAACAGCAGCCACAGGGACAUACAAAGAGAGCAGAAGCAGUCAACGGGGUAUAUCCUGUCCCACCAGUGCGGCCCACUCCGGACCUAGCAGCAACCCCUCACAGAACAGCACAGGCGGAUGAUCAUGCAGUGCAGGCAGGCACACACGAAGCCACAGUGGCUGUGAGGCCGACUGAGAAUAGUGUCCGUCCCUUGGAGCAGGCCGUUGGUGCUACUGGCAUUAGAGCUUCUGUGGCGCAAGACACGUUGGUGAGCGAGCUUGUGGAGAGGAAGAAGGCGGGAAGCGCAGUUGCACGUGUGAGGGAGGAGCAGCGAAGCGAGAGUGAACGGAGUGGAGGAAGUGAGGGGAACCAAGGGAGUGAAAGGAAUGAAAGAAAUGAAGGGAGUGAAAGCCAGGGCGCACAGCAGGGCGCACAGGGAGGGUUGGACGGAGGGAGUGCAGGACCUGCUGUCAGCUCAGGGAAAGGCGAGGGGAAGGCGGCAGCAAGGCAAUCAGACACAGCAUCACGAGGUGAACAAGAAGAAGCUGGUUCCGGUUCACGCGCUGCCAAGGGAGCAUCGAGAGCCUCCUCCUCCCCAGUCAUGUCCAGCACCAGUUCCCCCACGCCCGACACCAUUCUCACCACCCUAGACGCCCGUUCCCAACCCGUUCAACCCACUGCCGCCCCUGCUCCGCUCGGCCCUCCUCUAGGCCCUCCAGCUAACUCCUCCUCUGGCCCUUCACCUCUCCCGCAUGUCAGCCCGUUCCCCUUCCCCCCAGGGCUCCUCAUCAUGGCUUCUACCCCUAACGGCCCCUGCCUUGUUCCGCUCUCCGCCUUCCCAGGGGCGUUGCACCCGCGGCUGCUACAGAUGCCUGUGCAGCAGCUGCAGGCGUUUGGAUCUCAGCCGUCGGAUGAAAGCUUCUCCCAGCAGCUACAGCAGCAGCUGCAGCAGCAGAUGCAGAUGCAGCUGCAGAUACAGCAGCAGCUACAGCCGAGACGAGAUGGGGAGGCCAAGGCAUCUGGUCCAGGUUCAGGCAGCAACCUGCCACACAUCAUGCCAGGAUCCCAAACCAGGCUCCCUGUUUCAAACUCGGAAGGUUCCGCGGCUCUUCCUCCAGUCCCACAGCUCUUUCCAUACAUGGCGCUUCCCAUGCCCCUGCCGGCAGCAGCAGGCUUUUCGCAAGCGCCUGGGCUCGUGCCUGUGCGACCGGGAGGGGCCGAAGGGGAAGGGUCGUACAGGGGAGCAUUUGGUGUGGGUGACAGUGCUGCUAACGCGGAUGGCCUUGGGGUUUCAGACGCAGCAGCAGGUGCCCCCGCUGCUGCUGUUGCUGUUGGUAGCAGCGCUAGUGGUGGUGAUGGUGGUAGGGGAGACUCAGGUGCUGCGGUUGCUGCUGUGCCACCUCCUAUGUUGUGGCAAAGGAUGGACCAGCUGCAGCAGGCGCCAGGCUCGAAGCUGCAGGAGUCAAGGCAAGCGUUGGGAGAGCUGAUUGGAUCAGCAGCAGGAGCAGCAGAGGGAGUUCAGGUCCCCUUACCCGAGGGCGUCAAGUCAGUCACACCGCCUCCAGGACACGUCCCCUUCAUUCCCCUCAUCCGCCCUGCCUCUGGCGCCCCUCCCUUCGCCCAGAUUCCAGGCAUGGCGCCGUUUCUCCCGCAAAUCCCCAUCAGGGCGCUCCACCUCGCUCCCCCGUGGAUGUUCCCCCCGCAUGCCCAUGCGCCCAUGCAAGCCCAGGGCGCUGGCGUGGCAGCAGGUGAUUGGUCGGAUGGACUGGCCAGGGCGGGUUCGCCUAUGGCUGGUAACGCUCUGGGUCUGUCUGGGUCUGCAGCGGUGGGGAAGAAUGCGGAAGGGGAUGGGAGGGAGGAGGUGGAGAAAACAGGACCAGGGCUCGUGGCAGGACUGGGGGCAGGACUUGGGGCAGGUCCUGGGACAGGUCCUAGGGCAGCAGCAGGGGCGCCCGUGGUGUUUGUGGGAGAGGGGAAGGCAGGUGUUGGCACUAGCAGCAGCAGUGGUGGCGAUGCUAGUGGGUGGAGUGGUGGUGGGAUUGCCGGGCCACAGCUGACCCCGUUGACCCCGUUGACCCCGUUGACCUCCACUGGGUCCUCAGGGGUUCCAGGGGUUCAAGGGGGAGGUCCUGGUGCUAACCCAGGGGGCGUAUUCCCCCUCCACCCCUUCUCCCGCCCGUUAGGCCCCCAAGCUGUCCUGCUGUCUCAUCUAGGCGGUCCGCCUGGUGUCUUUCCCUCGUACGUCCUUGCUAAUACUCCCGUCACGCAAGCAGGUGCACCUGGCGCACAGGGCGUAGGUGUCCCUGGUGCAACCCCAAGCGUUCCAACCACAGCAAGUGGCGCUGCUGCUGCUCCUGCCACUGGGAUGCCUAGUGCUGCUGCGGCUGCUGCUGCUGCUCCUGCUGUCACUGCUCCCUCGCUCUCCGUGCUGGCUAAUCCUGUGCCAGGGCAGGCUGCAGGAGGCAGUGAGGGAAGCAAGGCGGUGCAGGUGCUGCCCAACCCGCAGCUGCUGCAGCCAAGCACGUUCCCUCCUGGUGUGAUACCAGGUGGAAUCUCAGGUGGUCCUGCCGUUGCUGCUGCUGCUGCUGCUGCUGCUGCUGCUGCUGCUGCUGCUGCUGCUGCUACUGUCCCUGCUGCUGUUACUCCCGCCACUGCAACAGCUGCUGCCGCUGUGGCUGCCGCUGGUGCUGGUGGUGGUGUGAAGGCAGUGCGUGCACGGUCCAAUUCCGUGGCCACAAGAGACCCAUCGUCUUCCUCUGCCAGUGCUCCACGCGUGGUGCGAGGCAGGGGCGGCAGCGGCGGGGGGAGUGAGGGCGUGUUAGCAGAGCCUCGCAGGGGGGCCAGUGGAGUGGGGGGCGAAGGUGGGGUAGCAGAGCCACGGGCUGAUGCUGCUGGGGAGUCUGCGUCUUGGGGCAGUGGGGAAGGUUCUCAAUGGGGCCAUGGCACCACUGCCGGUGCAGUGAGAGGGGAGGCGCGGCAUUCAGGUGGAGGGAAGCAGCAGCGAGGGGGCACAAGAGGGGAGGAUGGCCGAGGUGAGGGGAGUGGAAGGGGAGAGGUCAGCGGAAGAGGGGAAGGGAGUGGGAGAGAAGGGGGUGGAAGGGAAGGCAGUGGAAGAGGAGGGGAGAGAGUCGGGCAUCGUAGGGGAGAGGCUCAGGAUAUGGGAGAACAGGCAGAACAGCCUUCCUCAAAACUCCAACAACAGCAGCAGCCAGCAGCACUCAAGGGAGCACUAGGGGUGCCCCAACAGCAGCAGGGUCAGGUUUUGGCAAAGCCGAAGCAGAGUCUUGGCGCACCUCCCAUGGCACAGCAGGGCGCCGAGCCUGUAGAGCUGGACCGGCGAGUGCCCGAACCAGAUGACGAGCCUCUAGCUUCGGCGGAAACGGUGACCAUCAGUUGGAGGUCGUCCUUACGGCCGGGGGAAGAAAGGCAGGCGGCAGGGAAAAGGGCACCAAGAGCUUCCCAGCAGCAGAUACAGGCCACGGGGUGGGGAGAACUGGAGGCGGCUGGAGUGUCAGCAGCAGCAGGAGGGGAGGUGGCAUCUAGGGAAGGCACAGCUCGUGAGGGUCCACAGCGAGUGCGCAGCCUGGGAGGGGCGUCCCGGUCAGAAGACAGGUUCUACAGCGCUCACCGAGGAGGACUUGGUAACCGCAAGGGCCUGGGCUUGACAGGAACUGCAGCUGCUGGUGCUGCUGGUGGUACUGCUGCUGGUUCUGCUGCUGCUGGUUCUGCUUCUGGUGGUUCUAGUGGUGGCAGUGAUGGGGGCUCAGAUGGGCUGGGGAGUUCUGGAGGGUCCAUGGCACCUGGCGCACCAACAGCAGGGCCAGGAGUUUCUUCAGGUAGCUCAGGUGCCUCUGGUGUCUCAGGGCCUAAGAGUAGUUCCAGUGGAGGUAGCUCAGUGGUGAGUGCCAGGGAGAGAGGAGGGUUCAGCAGUACUGGGGGGAAGGCGGAGAGCAGGAGCAGCGCUGGCAAGGGUGCUGCAGGCUCAGCUUUGUCGCCUGCAGCGUCGGCGGUGCCACCGUCUCUGCGGUCGAUGUCGCCUCGGGCGGGUGGGAAGGGGAGUGCGGGCGUAGGGGCGGGUCGGAGUGGGCAGAGUGGGAGCGGAAGUGGCUCCCCGGUGUUGAACUCUCCCAAAGCAGGGAAAAGAAUAAGGGACUUCGCGCUGGUGGAGCGCCAGGUGCUGCAUUUCUCGCCUGCUUUCAACGUCAUCACAGGCGACAGCGGGUCCGGCAAGUCAAUCAUCGUGCAGGCAAUAGGGCAGGUAUUGGGAGCAGCAGCAUCUGAGGACUCUGAAGGUAGGCUAGAUGUGGUGAAGGCCGUUACUGGGGGAGGUGGUUUAGCUGAUGGUGCAGGUGAUAAAAACGGAAAGCAGGAGGAGCGUGGUUCAGGAAUGAGCAGUGCUGGUCGUGUGAGAAUGAAGGUGAUUCUAGAAAGGGAGAUUUUCCGCUCUGUUGCUGCUGAUGGUGAUGCUUAUAGCGAGUCUGAGGCUGAUGGCAGCAGCAACAGAGGAGGAAGCAGCAGCAAGAGCGGAGGCAAGAGCGGGAGCAAGGGCAGGAGCUCGAGCGGAAGCAAGGGCAGGAGCAGCAAGGCGCGGAGUGUGUGCCGGGUGAAUGGAGUGGUGGUGCCUCUGAAGGUUCUGCGUGCCGUGGGUGCAGCCCUGGUGGACCUGAACGGGCAAAACGCGCAGGGGGCUCUUAGAAGCGAAGGCGCUCAGCUGAUGCUGCUGGAUAGAUUUGCAGCGCGGUGGGGGGAUGGGGAAGGGAUGGAGAAGGGUGGAGGGAAGGGUGUGGGGAAGGAGAGAGAGGGGGAGGGAAGGACGAGGGAGGAGGAAGAGGAGGGGAGAAGGGAGGGAGAGGAGGAAGAGGAGGGAGAUGAGGAGGGUGAGGAGGAGAGGGUGGAGGUGGGAGUGUUGUUGGCGAGGGCGCAACAGGUGUGGGAGGAACAGAAGAAGCUUCAGGAGGCAGGGGGGGAGCAGGCGCUGAUGGUGCUGCAGGAACUGGUGGACGAUGUGGAAAGGUUAGGCCUGAAAGAAGGCGAGGUGGAGGCGAUUAGGGAGGAGAUCAAGGAGCACGAGCGGGCAGGCAGGGCAGCUGAGAGCUGUAGUCGCGCCCACGGGAUGCUGGAGGGGACUGGAGCGUUAGGCGUGCUGCAUGGGUUGAGUAAGGCUGUGGAGGAGUUGAGAGAGGUGGAGGAGGAGGAGCAGGAGCAGGAAGAGCAGGAGGGGGAGGAGGAUGAGGGGAUUGGGAGGAAAGGGAAGAGGGGAGGGAGGGGUGGUGCAGGGGGGUAUGUGCAGAGGGGGAGGUUGGAGGAUGUUUCAGCUGCUUUGGAGCUCCUGGGGGAAGCUAAGAUGCUGGUGAACAGAGCGGUGAGUGGUGGUAACAGAGCGGUGAGUGGUGUGAACAGAGCGGUGAGUGGUGGUAACAGAGCGGUGAGUGGUGGUAACAGAGCGGUGAGUGUUGAGAACAGAGCGGUGAGUGCUGAGAACAGAGCGGUGAGUGUUGAGAACAGAGCGGAGUGGCGAGAACAGAGCGGUGAGUCAUGA